ACGUCAGCAGUUGUUAUCGUUUGAUUUAUCGAUACGAAAUCAACAUCCCCUCGGCAAAGCCAUCAAACUGCCCUGCUGUCACUAAAUUAUACAUUUUCUGAUGCAAUUCGCUGUAUAAUAUAAACGAAAUUUUCAACUCUUUGUUCAGUUAAUAAAAAAUAAUCUAUUAUGGAAGGUGAAGACGGUUUUGAUCCCAGUUUAUUGAAAAAGAAGAAGAAGAAGAAGACCACUUUCGAUUUGGACGCCGCCUUGGGUCUCGAUGAUUCAGCCAAAAAAGAGGAUCUUAUAGAUGAAAGCGCCGUAGAUGCGACAGCAGCCGAUUUGGAUGAUAAUCUCGAUUUAGAAAGUUUUGGCAAAAAGAAGAAGAAAAAGAAGAAGCCCUUCAAUCUGGAUGAAUUAGAAGGUGCGUUGCCCGAAGGUGGGGGCGCCGACGAUAUUGUUAUAGCUGAUGAUCCGGAAGAGGAGGAGAUCAACCUAGACAUGGACUUUUCAAUGGCGAAAAAGAAGAAGAGGAGCAAAAAGAAAGACCUCGACGAGUUAUUUGCCGACAAAAUGGAUGAAGACAAAGGCGAGGACAAAGAAAACGUGGACGAUAGCAGCUCAACCUGGGCGGGUUCUGAUCGGGAUUAUACAUACGAUGAGUUGCUGAAGCGCGUCUUUGAAAUCAUUUUGGACAAGAACCCAGAUAUGGCCGGUGGCCGCAAGCCCAAGUUUGUGAUGAGACCGCCUCAGGUGCUGCGUGUGGGCACCAAGAAAACUUCGUUCGCAAAUUUCAUGGAUAUUGCGAAAACGCUGCAUCGUUUGCCCAAACACCUGUUGGACUUCCUGCUGGCCGAGUUGGGCACCAGCGGCUCGAUGGACGGCAACCAGCAAUUGAUAAUCAAGGGACGCUUCCAGCCGAAGCAGAUCGAGAACGUGCUGCGUCGCUAUAUUAAGGAGUAUGUCACCUGUCACACCUGCCGUUCGCCGGAGACAAUAUUGCAAAAGGACACACGUCUGUUUUUCCUUCAGUGUGAAUCCUGCGGUUCCCGUUGCUCCGUGGCUAGCAUUAAGUCUGGUUUCCAAGCUGUCACCGGCAAGCGUGCAGCAAUUCGAGCAAAAACCACAUAAAUUCUGUAUAUCUAUUUUUAAAUUUGAAUUUUUUAUUGAGCUAAAAUUUCAAUACAUACAUAUAUACACACAAAUACAAAUUAUGCGGCCUUAUGGCUCUGGUAAUAGUCGAUCAAAUUGUCAUUAAACGCGAUCUCUAGCUGACGAGAUCGUCCAUUGUCCAUGGCAAAUGA